ACGCGCCGCGACGUGCCCGCUAUAUGAGCACCCGGCAGGCGCUGACUCGGCCCUUUCCGCCUCGCUCCCGCCCAGCUCUCGGGUCGCUGCGCAGAGACCCGCCGCUAAAUCACCACAAAACAUCCUUCUUUCCCCUCCUUCCCGCCGCCAUGAUCAUCUACCGGGACUGCAUCAGCCAGGACGAGAUGUUUUCCGACAUCUACAAGAUCCGGGAAGUGGCGAACGGCCUGUGCCUGGAAGUGGAGGGGAAGAUGGUCACCAGGACAGAGGGUCAAAUUGAUGACUCUCUAAUUGGUGGCAAUGCCUCUGCUGAAGGUCCUGAGGGAGAUGGAACAGAAGCCACGGUCAUAACUGGUGUUGAUAUAGUAAUAAACCACCACCUUCAGGAAACCAGCUUUACAAAAGAAUCCUACAAGAAGUACAUCAAGGAUUACAUGAAAGCAAUCAAAGCCAGACUUGAGGAACACAAGCCAGAGAGAGUAAAGCCUUUCAUGACGGGGGCUGCAGAACAAAUCAAACACAUCCUUGCUAACUUCAAAAACUACCAGUUCUUUGUAGGAGAGAACAUGAAUCCAGAUGGUAUGGUGGCUCUCCUGGAUUUCCGUGAGGAUGGUGUGACCCCGUACAUGAUUUUCUUUAAGGACGGCUUAGAAAUCGAGAAAUGUUAACAAAUCAAACAGUAUGGUUUUGGAUCACUUGUCUUCAUAGCUGGCUGCUGUUUCUUCUUCAUCGGCACAACACCAGGAAUCGGCAAUGUCUAACAACUGGACUGAUGUCAUCUUGAGCUUUAUUCACUUAUUUUGACCCUGAUUUGGAGUGGAGGCAUUGUUUUAAAAAAAAAGAAAAAACCAAACAUCUGUCAUGUAGGUUGUCUAAAAUAAAACUCAUUUAAACCCA